AUGCCUGGUCCUUUCGACCCUCCCUCCUUGGCCACGGCCGCCGCCCCUCCGGCAUCCGACCCGUCCUUCAGCGUCUACUCGGCAAAGGUUGAGCUCGACAUCGACUUUUUGGCGCGCUCCGUGCAUGGAGUUGCCGAGAUAAAUGUACAACCUCAGUCAAAAGACUUGCCUUACAUCCGCCUUCACUGCCGACAGGCUCGCAUCAAGAAAGUCACGGUGGAGGGGCGCGAGGCAAGAUGGGAUCACAAUGACCCUCACUCGCACAUCUACCUUUCAGAAAAGAGCACGGUCCAUCACCACAAAGUUUUGCGACAGAAGGUGGAAGAGGACAUUGGAGAACUUGCCGAAGAGAACCUCUGGAUAUUCGUCCCACCAAGAGUGAAGAUCAAGGAGCUGGACGCUUCGUCGCUCGAUGCGCUCAGCACGCUCGGCGACCUCACGGCAGGCGGGUCGGUAUUUGCGCCACUCAAGGUCGUCAUCCACUACGACGUCAAGCAUUUUCGCGAGGGCUUGCACUUCGCUGGGCUGGAAGAGGGCGACACAAGAUAUCCUCAUGUCUACACUCAGAACUCCCAGUUUACUGGCUCGGCUUCCUGUCUGUUUCCCUGCGUGGACGAUGCGAGCGCGCGCUAUCCAUGGGAAAUAUCGAUCAGGUGCCCAAGGACCGUCGGUGACGUGUUCAGGAAAGCCGCCCUGCCGUUAACAAAUGGAAUCAAUGAUCACUCUGCCCCUAAUGGUGCACUUACGAACGGCCUCUCCAACGGCAUCCACGACGAUGGUGACGUCCAAAUGCUCGAUGCCGACAUUGAUAAUUUCGGCCUGUCUGAAGAAGACAAAGCGCUGGAAAUGUCCGUCGUCUGCUCGGGCGACAUGACUGAUGAUAUCGUCGAUCCCAAGGAUCCCUCUCGAAAGACCGUUAGCUUCACCUGUGCAAACGCCGUUCUACCGCAGCACAUCGCGAUUGCCGUUGGUCCCUUCGAGCACGUCGAUCUCUCGGACCUGCGCGAAAGCGACGAUGACGAAAUGAUGGGUCAGGCCGCCAUCCGUGUGCAUGGCUUCUGCCUUCCGGGAAGGAGCGACGAAGUCAGGAACACGUGUAUGGCAUUGGCAAAGGCAACCGAUCAUUUUAGCAAGACCUACAUCUCUUAUCCUUUCACCAGCUAUAAGAUCGUCUUUGUGGACGAUCUUGUUCCCGAAAUCGCCCAUGCUGCAUCGCUUACAAUGUGCAGCAAUUCCCUUCUCUAUCCGGAGGACGUUUUGGAUCCCCUCUUCCCGGUUACUCGCAAGUUGGUUCAUGCUCUUGCUUUCCAGUGGAUGGGCAUCAACGUCAUACCCAAAACCAGCCAAGACUGGUGGGUGAUCUAUGCUCUUUCCCACUUCAUGUCAGACGACUUUUUGGAGCAACUCUGCGGCAGGAAUGAGCAUCGUUUCAGGAUGAAGCAGAUGGCUGACCGAGUUGUCGAGCUUGAUGUUAACCGACCUUCCUUGCAAGCUCUCGGAGAUUAUCUUGGUGUAGACCCGUCGGAGAUUGAGUUCAUGGAACUGAAGGCACCUUUGGUCAUGUUCAUCCUCAACCAGAAAAUAAAGAGGAUGGCGAAGAUGGGCGUGACGAAGAUCAUCUAUAAGGUGCUUCUCCAGGCGAAGACCGGAAGGCUUCAAAACGGCGCAAUCUCGACCGAGGACUUUAUCCAGAUUGUUGACAAGUACCUCGAGAGCAAACCGAUCCCAGACUUCUGGAGACAGUGGGUUUAUGGUGCAGGCUGCCCGCACUUUUACGUUACCCAGCGCUUCAACAAGAAGAAGUCUGUCAUCGAGUUCGCCGUCAAGCAAACCCAAGGCGAUCGCAGCGAGCUGGAGAGCAGAGCGGAAGAUCUUGAUCCCAAGACUUUCCUGAAGGACAUCAAUGAACAGAAGAGCGGCAUGUCAAAGAAAAAGCCCACCAGGGUUUUCACUGGAGCAAUGACGGUCACUGUCCAUGAGGCCGACGGGACUCCCUAUGAUCACAUUAUCCCUAUUCACGAUGCAAUCACAAGGUUUGACGCACCUUAUAAUACCAAGUACACUAGGUUAAAACGGAAUCGACGUCAGAAAGAGAGAGCGGCGGCCGCGCAAGGAAUCGAUCUCAACGGCGACGGUGAGCUGCCAGAUGAAAUCCCCCUUUACUGUUUAGGGGAUGUUCUGGACACGGAAAAGGAAAUCCAAGAGUGGGACUUUGACGAAUGGACGAAGGAGGAGGAGGAGCAGAUGGCAAACGAGCAGUAUGAGUGGAUCAGAGUCGAUGCGGACUUCGAGUGGAUUUGCAAGAUCACGUUCAACCAGCCGCUCUGGAUGCUAGUGGCUCAGCUGCAGCAGGAUCCUGAUGUGGUGGCGCAAGCUGAGGCGCUGCACUAUCUCUCGGGGCAGCGGCCAAGCAAGCUUAUCUCGACAUAUCUCACUCGGACGGUCAUGGACCGGCGGUAUUUCCAUGGCAUCCGAACCUUGGCCGUAGAUGCUCUCGCCAAGUGUGCCGUCCCCCGAAUCGAUGAUACUGAGCUCAAUUGGAUUGGUCUCUAUCACCUCGAAAAAACAUUCCAGGAGCUGUUUUGUCUCCCAGGAUCGCACAUGGUUCGCUCCAAUGACUUUUCGGAUAGAAGCCAAUAUCUUGUGCAAUGUGCCAUUCCACGGGCCAUUGCUAAAGUGCGCGAACCGAGCGGCAAGGGCCUGAUGAGAGCGAAGAGGUGGAUCCUUGAUAAGCUAAAGUUCAACGACAACUCACACAACGAGUUUUCCGAUUGUCACUACGUGGCGGCACUUCUGGCCGCCCUAGCGCAGCAACUUGGUUACAAGGAUACAAGCACCAUCAGCUUCGACUUCGAUGAGGACGAGCAAGAUGAAAUCGAUUUCCAACGGGAUGCUCUGAACGAGAUUGAGCGUCACCGCCGUCUGGACGAGUGGAUCCCGUCGUACCAGAACAUCGUCACCGUCACUGCUCUCCAAUGCCAGUGUCUCCUAAUGGAGAACGGUAUAAUACCCCAAAAAAUCCUGGACUUCUUGCAAUACGCCAAGCCAGGUGCUGCGGAGAGCGUCCGACUAAAGGCCAUGGAAUGCCUUGUUGACCUCAACAUGAUGAAGCAUCCUGCAAUAUUGCGGUACUUGAUCUUCACACUCGCUCACGACCCUUCGCCUUAUAUCCGGGAACAGCUCUAUUACUUGAUUGGUCGCGGCCUGGCUCGCAUCGCGAUAGGCGACAAGAAGAAUGAGGCAUCGAAUCACGCCUUUGGCGGUCUAAUCAUUGAGCAAGACACAUCCACAGAUAGUCGUGCCGCCAUGCUCGAGCGUACGCAAACGCUGGAGGGCGCGAUCAAGGCUCUUAAAACGGAGCUUGGGAACAACGAGGUUUUCAAGGAGCAGAUGCGCAAUGCCCUCACUUCGCCAAUGCCCAGUCUCAAGGAAUGGGUCAGGCUACUCGAGAUAUGCGGGCUCGUGUUUGAGCCUAAGAAUUCCCUCGAAGUCAUGUUCAAGUUACCCUUGUCCUGGAAGGCCCAGUAUCUAGGAAAGGGCAAGAUGCGCUUCUUCCGCAGCAUGCCGUACCGGCAGAAGCCAUUGAGCAAGAUCAAGGAGGAGCAGGCACCACUCCUUCAGCAGAAGGCGGCCGAGAAGCGAAGGCGACCGUCGCUUGCAGACGAACCGAACAAACGUCAACAGAUCGCGCCUCCAACGGCACCAAAACCAAAUGGCAUGCCUUCGCUGAAGCUCAGUUUGAAGACUGGCGGUGGCAGUGCUCCUUCAUCUGCCACGUCCCCAUCUACGAUAUUAAAACCUCCUACUCCAGCAGCCGCGUCGAAGCCACCGACACCAGGUCCGUCGGUGAAGCCCCUCGGAUCACUGUCCCAACGGCCGGCAUCACCAUUCUUCAGAGCGCCAUCGCAACCACCGAAGGUGCCCACUCCAAGUCACUCGAGAGCGCCUACUCCAAGCUCGACGAUAUCAGAUCGUGUAGACAGAGCGGAGAAGCACGACAGGCCUGAGAGGUCUGACAAAGCUGUUAGACCAGACAGACCAGACAAGUCGAAGAAGUCUCGCAGGAAGAUAGUCAGACUGAAGGUAAACCCGGAGCGCCUCAGACAGAUUCUCUCGCGGCCAUCAGCACCACGCGCCAAUCCAUCACACAAGGCGCACGGCGCCAACGCACCACCGCGGAUCUCGCAGCCCCAAAGGCACGACCGGCCUCCGAAGCCGAAGCCGCCACGGCCCGAGUCGCACCACAGCAAGCCACCCCGUCCCGAUCACCAGGCUCCUCCAGCUCCGUCAAAGCCGUUCCUCUCAAUGCCAGCAGCGUCGGCGCCACAAACUGCGCCACCAUCGGCGAGCCCGCCAGCCUCAAGUCCCGACGGGGAGAGAAAGCCAUUGAAGUUGAAACUCAAGUUCGGCGGACUGAAGAAGAAGGAAGGGGAAUCUUGA